CGCCCCUCCCCUCCCCGCUCCCCCCCCGCCCGCUGCUGUCAGUGCGGUGGCUGCGCCGGGCAACAUGGCGUCGGAGGGGAUGAUUCUAACGAACCACGAUCACCAGAUCCGCGUCGGGGUGCUCACAGUGAGUGACAGUUGCUUCAGGAACCUUGCCGAGGAUCGUAGUGGGAUAAACCUUAAAGAUCUGGUCCAGGACCCUUCUUUAUUGGGUGGGACUAUAUCUGCAUACAAGAUAGUGCCAGAUGAAAUAGAAGAAAUCAAGGAGACGCUGAUAGAUUGGUGUGAUGAAAAGGAACUUAAUUUGAUUUUAACUACUGGAGGAACAGGGUUUGCACCGCGAGAUGUCACCCCAGAGAAAUUCCCAACAUUCCCAUUAUGUGGGCUCCAGAGAGGGGCCACUAAAGAAGUAAUAGAGCGAGAAGCCCCGGGGAUGGCCCUGGCAAUGCUGAUGGGGUCACUUAAUGUAACUCCUCUGGGCAUGCUGUCUAGACCUGUAUGUGGAAUCAGAGGGAAAACUCUCAUAAUUAAUCUGCCAGGUAGCAAGAAAGGGUCACAGGAAUGCUUUCAAUUUAUACUGCCAGCCCUACCUCAUGCCAUCGAUCUCUUGCGAGAUGCCAUUGUAAAAGUAAAGGAGGUACACGAUGAGCUAGAAGAUCUACCUUCACCACCACCUCCUCUUUCUCCUCCUCCAACCACCAGCCCUCACAAGCAGACAGAGGACAAAGGAGUACAGUGUGAGGAAGAGGAGGAAGAGAAGAAGGAUAGUGGAGUUGCAUCAACAGAGGACAGUUCCUCUUCACAUAUAACUGCAGCAGCCAUUGCAGCUAAGAAACAUCCAUCCUACACCAGUUCAGCAGUUAUUAUGGCAAAAGGUGAACAGCCCAUUCCUGGUCUCAUCAGUUAUUGCCAUCAUGCGGCAGGCAGUGCAGAAGAACCGAUUCCAGAUUCCAUCAUUUCUCGUGGUGUUCAGGUGCUCCCACGUGAUACAGCCUCCCUCAGCACUACCCCUUCAGAAUCUCCUCGUGCCCAGGCCACCUCUCGUCUCUCCACUGCAUCCUGCCCAACACCAAAACAAAUUAGACGGCCGGAUGAAAGCAAAGGAGUUGCUAGUAGAGUUGGAUCCCUCAAAGCUCGGCUCCCUUCGUGCUCAUCCACCUAUAGUGUUUCUGAGCUCCACUAUAGGUUGGAAGGGCUUAAAGAUGAACUCAGGAGGAAUAGAGGCUACAACUCGAGAGUCCAGUCUAGGUGCAGCAGCAAGGAGAACAUCCUCCGAGCAAGUCACAGUGCUGUUGACAUUACCAAGGUAGCAAGAAGACACCGCAUGUCUCCGUUCCCAUUAACAUCUAUGGACAAGGCCUUCAUCACAGUUCUGGAGAUGACCCCAGUGCUUGGAACAGAAAUCAUCAAUUACAGAGAUGGAAUGGGCCGAGUCCUUGCUCAAGAUGUAUAUGCAAAAGAUAAUCUACCGCCAUUUCCAGCGUCUGUAAAAGAUGGCUAUGCUGUCAGAGCUGCUGAUGGCCCAGGGGAUCGAUUCAUCAUUGGGGAAUCCCAGGCUGGAGAGCAGCCAACUCAAACUGUGAUGCCAGGUCAGGUAAUGCGAGUUACAACCGGUGCUCCAAUCCCUUGUGGUGCUGAUGCAGUGGUGCAAGUGGAAGAUACAGAACUCAUCAGGGAAUCAGAUGAUGGCACUGAAGAGUUAGAAGUUCGAAUCCUGGUACAAGCUCGACCAGGCCAAGAUAUCAGACCUAUAGGACAUGACAUUAAAAGAGGUGAAUGUGUGCUGGCUAAAGGAACUCACAUGGGUCCAUCUGAGAUUGGUCUCUUAGCCACUGUUGGAGUAACUGAAGUAGAAGUUAACAAGUUUCCAGUGGUUGCAGUCAUGUCAACAGGGAAUGAGCUACUGAAUCCCGAAGAUGAUCUCUUGCCGGGAAAGAUUCGAGACAGUAACCGCUCAACUCUCCUAGCUACUAUCCAAGAACAUGGCUAUCCAACAAUCAACUUGGGAAUUGUGGGAGAUAAGAAGCCAGAUGUUUUUAAAGAAGAAGGGACACAGAGCUUCCAGAACACUGCGGAGAAAGGCCUACCAGAUUGCCCAGAUGAUUUACUGAAUGCACUGAAUGAGGGUAUCAGCCGUGCUGAUGUGAUCAUUACAUCAGGAGGCGUAUCUAUGGGAGAAAAGGACUAUCUUAAACAGGUGCUGGAUAUUGAUCUUCAUGCACAGAUUCACUUUGGCAGAGUUUUUAUGAAACCAGGCCUGCCAACAACUUUUGCAACUCUGGAUAUCGAUGGCGUAAGAAAAAUAAUCUUUGCACUCCCAGGCAAUCCUGUGUCAGCUGUUGUCACCUGCAAUCUCUUUGUUGUUCCUGCACUGAGGAAAAUGCAGGGUAUCCUGGAUCCUAGGCCCACCAUUAUCAAAGCCAGGUUAUCAUGUGAUGUAAAAUUGGACCCCCGCCCAGAAUAUCAUCGGUGCAUACUGACUUGGCAUCACCAAGAACCACUACCUUGGGCACAGAGUACAGGGAAUCAGAUGAGCAGUCGUCUGAUGAGUAUGCGCAGUGCCAAUGGACUGUUGAUGCUACCUCCAAAGACAGAGCAGUAUGUGGAGCUUCACAAGGGGGAGGUGGUGGAUGUCAUGGUCAUUGGAAGGCUAUGAUGUCACCAGCAAGAGUGAAGAUUUGAUGCAUGUCCACAUAUCAUUGACUGUAUCCUGUAAUAUGCAACGGCACAGCUAGUUUUUCUGAUUUGGAUAAAAGUUGAUCAGUAUAGUCAACAUCUUGAAUUAUAUUUCAAAUGGAAUUUAAAUAAAUACCUUUUAAAAAAAAACUUUAAAAAGAAAUCUUAACAAAGAAAUUUAUUCUGAUUAUAUCAAAGCAACUUUUUCCUUUCCUUGCAAUUGCUUUGUGUGUUCAAUGCUAGUUCUAAUAGCGGUAGCUUUUAGUAGACAGCAGUAGGUGCCUGCAGAACUUGUGUUUUUUCUCAUCUUUAAGAUACAACUACUUAUGCUCUUAAAACAAGGCUGUCUGCUUAUUUAUACUAGCGUAGACAACACUUGGAUUUCCCUUAUCAGUAUGCUUCAUAACCGCUUCACAGAGAGCUUCUGCUUGUUCUUUAUCUUGUAUCUCGUGUUGAUGUGCACAGUGCCAAAAGCAGAGUGGCUGCACUGGGAACCCAAUGAAGCCCCGAGGUUUCCUCACCUCGCUGUGCGUUCAGGGAUCUCUCUUGUCCCAGCAGCCACCCAGCUCAGUACUCUUGGGCAGUAACUGGAUACCUUUUAUUUCAGCAAUCAAAAAAUUGCUUCCUUAAGUGCUGACAGCCUUUUUAACCAAUACAUUUAAAAAUGUACAGAACUAAAAACAAAAAAAAAAAAAUCAAAGACUGAUCUUGUACAGAUAUUAGUGUUACCAGCAUUCGUGUGGAAAUUAAAUGAGCAAAGAAAUAAAACUGAUGUUAAACAACUCUGUACCAUAACAUUUUCUGUAAUGAUACUGAAACUUAAAUGAAUAAAAAAAAAUCCUCAAUCAUUAUUUAAAA